AUGUCUCUCCUGGAUCGCGGGGCAUCGGCGCCAGAGGAAAACUGCCGACGACUGGUGGUCCUGGGUUCAAGAAACAAACUCAUUCAAUUUGUCAGCAACGUUGGCAAGACGUCAAUCAUAGUGAGAUUCCUUGAGAACACAUUCGUGGACACGCACACGCCCACCAUCGAGGACUUCCACCGGAAGGUGUACAAGAUUCGCGGCGAGGCAUACCGCCUGGAUAUCCUGGACACCGCCGGCAUACACCCCUUCCCGGCCAUCAGGCGCCUCUCCUAUGCCACGGGUGACAUAUUCAUAAUCGUGUACGACUUAACAAGCCGCCAUUCCUUCAACGAGUGUCAGGACAUCCUCGAGCAGUUGUACGCCAGCAAACAAGGUGCAGACGACGUUCUCAGUCCAGUCCCGGUGGUUCUGGUCGGAAAUAAACUGGACCGAGAAAAUGCGAGAACUGUGUCUUUCUCGGAGGUAAAAGGACUCUGUGAGGGUUCGAAUCCUUUAAUUGAUUGUUUUGAAGUGUCGGCAAAGUUCAAUUCAAACCUAGAAAAAAUCUUCAUACGGCUUUUCGAAAUGGCAAAGUUGCCCGUGGAAAUGAGCCCGUCCAUGCACCGAAAGGUUACGCCAUCAUAUACGGGGAACAACAAGCCACGUCGCUUCAACAUUGGCCGGAAGGUCAGUGAGGCGUGUGGCGUUCUGCAAAUGAACGCUAGGCGACCGAGCGUAGCUACGGAUCUCAUGGUUGCUAAGAACAGAGGCAGUGUUAAACGGUCUGAUAGCAAGGAGACUCGGAGGUGCACCAUACAGUGACCAAAUCAUCACUGCAAAGGUCACUACUUUCAGUACUCCUAUAAAUGUGAGGUCGAUAUACAUCGAUUCCUAUAAAUAUGAGGUCGAUAUCGGUAGAUUACGUCAAAAUAUUAGGACAGUAAUCGGUAUGUGUUUAAUUAUUUGGAUAACACUUUCAGCUUCUGUGCUUUACAUGCGUAAAAUAAUAAAUGUUGGUACAACGGAAAAAUGAGCCGAGAUUGUUGUCUGGUUUGUGUUUCACGUGUUGGCUUAACAGUAGAUCUAGAUAUACAUCUAUUUCUGUAUAUUUUUGUUUCGGGUACGACUUUACUUCGAUUAGUGCUUGGUGACCAAAAACACGUACGUGUUGACCUAGGCACGAGCUAAUUUAGGUACAAGUUAACCGGCACCCGUUUGUAGAAUCCUUAAAGAUUUGGUGUUUUCUGUUUUGAUUGUUUAACAAUACAAGAUUUUAGGUUAUGGAGGUUUCGUUUUCCGUAUAUGUCAACGCUCUAUAACAAUGAAAGUCAUGUGAGCCGUUUGUGUCUGGGCUCAAUAAGUGAGUAAAAGCCUUGUCGUCGGUUCUUGUCAAUACUGGUUUCCCGUUUGUGGUAAUGCUCUAUAACUUAUGAAGCAGUUUUAUUUUUAUUUUAUGUUUGUCAAUGCUUUAAAAUGAUGGAACAGUUUUGCUUUGUUUAAGGUUUGUGUCAAUUGUUUACAACAGAAAGUUGUAGAUUUCCACUUGUUAUUUUGUCUCGAGAACAUGUUAGUUAUACCACAAAAAUACCUUGUUGAAUAUAUCUAUGUUAAUGUUUACAGUUGUAUUGUUAUUACAUUAAAUAAUUCAAACGGA